CUGUGGACAGUGCUGAUGUUGUUUUGUAUUACGUUGAUGUCGUAUCAGAUUAUAGACAGAAUCAUGUACCUACACAGCAAUCCCGUCAACGUUAACGUCAAAAUCAACUACAACCAAUCCCUGACCUUCCCCGCCGUUACUAUCUGUAACCAAAACGCAUUCAAAGCUACAACUGCCGCCGAGAGGAAUUGGUAUCGUCUUAUAGAGACUAUGUACAAUGGAAGCUCGAAAUCUUUCUCACAGAGGGACCUAGACAGGUUCCACGCCUCCACUCUGACAUUCAACCAACUCUUCCAGCAGGCCUCUCACAGAAAAGAAGACAUGAUUGUAAGUUGCCAAUGGGCGGAUUUACAUUGUGGACCCAAAAACUUUUCAGAACAAUUGACGGACUAUGGCAACUGUUACAGAUUCGUGGCUCCAGAGAAUUCCAGAUCUACAGGUGCAGACAAUGGUCUGAAGUUGCUGUUGAAUGUAGAACAGUAUGAGUACAUGCCAGGACCCAAUGAAGCAGCUGGUGUAAAAGUACUCACUCACGUAAAAAACGAUCACCCAAGGGUCCGGGAGCUGGGUAUCGCUGUACCCACGGGGACACAAGCAUUCAUAGGACUUCAAGUCAUACUAGUGCACAAUCUAGAGAAACCCCACGGUCAAUGCCAGUAUAAGUCUUUGAAGUUCUUCCCCCAUUACUCGUACGAUUCCUGUCUGGUGGAAUGCUACACGGAGGUGUCUGCUAGACGGUGUGGAUGCCGAGAUUACUAUAUGCCCAGCCUAAACGGUCUUCCUCCUCCUUGUGACCUUGAGCAGUAUUUUACUUGUCUUAAACCUCUCUACGAUGAUUUCUCGCUGUGGUUAGAGAGCUGUGAUUGUCCUACCGACUGUGAUUACACUAUGUAUGACCCCGUCAUGUCAUAUGCAACUACGUCAGAAUAUGCAGGUCAGAGGUUUAUGGACAAAAUAAACGUAACAACACUCAACUCAAAGCUCAAACGAGCGCGGGAAAUUACACAUCGCAUGGACGCACGAAAACUAGAGACAUUCAAAGAAAAAGUGAAACAAAUGGAAAGGACUUUUGUAGACGUAAAACAGCUGAUCCAAGAAACUAUUCAGAAACAUAUUAUGAAUCAGAUUGGGAAUGUAACAGAGCAUUACAAGAGUGCCAUCAGAGUUACGAACAGGAGAAUACUACUGCUUAGAUUUCAAAUCUAUAAUGUCCAGAAGAACUUUAUGAGGGGCAGGGACGCCAUGGAGGAAAGGACACUCUCCCACUUAUGUAACAGUUUCCACGAGUUUGUUUUUGCUUACGAGACGAACCUGCGAAAUUUAAUCACGGAGAAUGAUACAGCAAUAAGAAGAACAUUCUAUGUGAGCACAAUUAAUAUGGUAGACGUCCGUACAGAGAACGCUAAGAGAGCACUCGCUAACUUCACAGUUCUGUACGAUGCCUAUGUGACAGGAACGCCAAUAUUUAGAUACAAAUUCCAGAAGUUUGCAAGACGUUAUAAUAAUUACAUUGUACCCAGACCACUACUGAACGAGUCCACCUACCACAACCCGUAUGCGAGAAGAUACAGUGUAAAAUUGGGAGAUGACAUCUUGAGCAUCAUGGAUGCGCUGUCAAGCUACAGAAAUUUGAUAGUGUUUAGCGAUGCGUCUCUUAAUAUCACAAAAAUGAACCGUGUCAGUGGGAAUUUUAUAGACGCGUGUGAGAAAUUUUACCACACCAAAAGUACUCUGUAUUAUGAGACAGUGGAUAGACCGGAGAGA